UUCAAAGGGUUGCGCGUCAUAUCACUGUCGAAAAUUAAACUCCAUAUCUUUUUCUUCGCUGAUUCAAUAAAAUGCGCAAAAAGCCACUGCCCUUUUUCUUCUGCGACGUCUUCUUCUCCACUCUCUUGCUCCGCUUUCAUUAACGCCUACUACCCCGAUUCCAGCUGCAAUUUCUUCUUGUUGUUGUUGUUGUUGUUGCUUCCCUCAUUUUCCAUCACUUUCCUGAGAAAACCCACCAGAAAAGGGAGUGGGAAACCGAGAUGUUGAAUAGGUUGAAUGCUACUGCUUGGUUGGAUGGAAAUGAAGGUAACCAAGAGGCAGCAUCAUGGAGUAGAAACCAUUCUUCGACUGUUAACAACAACUAUGGUGUGACAGAGAGCAGGGACGAGAUGGGUUCUCUUGCUAAUUUCAAAUCUAUGAUGGAAGUCCAAGAUCACGAGUGGUUUAUGAAUGGUAACACUGAUAUUCAGAACCAUCAAUAUAUUAGAGAGAUCACAUUUCCAUCAAAUCUUGGUGAGCCGGAGAAUUUAUUCCUACCUCCUAUUUCCUCUUCGUCUUCGUGUUCGCCGUCAACUAACCCGGUCUUCCGUACCUUAGCCCCGUCUCAGUUAUCUUACUUUCUGCCCCAAAAAACCUCCCUAUCUUCGCUACUGAACGGAGCGCCUGACAACCAGGUUGAGAGCGGAUUUGAUUUCGGUGAAACUGGUUUUCUUGAAAACCAAGUAACAACAAACAACCCUGCUUUUCUAAGCAGGGAAAAUGGGAUUUCGGGGAACUACAAUGAUUUGAGCACCAACAAUAAUCAGAUCAUCAAUCCCAAUUUAUGCUCUGAUCCUCAAUUUACUUCUAUUCGUAUGCUUCAAUCGGCAGGAAACGGAGCUGGGUUUCGGGGUUUUGAUGAGAGCCCUGGUAAUAACACUCUGUUUCUUAAUAGGUCUAAGUUGUUGAGACCCCUUGAAACUUUCCCUUCAGUGGGUGCACAACCCACUCUAUUUCAGAAAAGAGCGGCUCUAAGGAAGAACUUGGUGGAUACUGGGGGCAGUAAGGGGGUUUUAGGUGGGGUUGAGGGAGAUAAGGGGAAGAAGGAAAUGAGUGAAGACAGUGAGAAUAAGAGAAAGUUGAGUAGUGGAGAUGAUUUCGAGAAUGUGAGCAUUGAUGGGUCGGGUUUAAAUUAUGAUUCAGAUGAUUUAACAGAGAAUAAUAGGCUGGAGGAGAUGGGAAAGAAUGGUGGGAAUUGCUCGAAUGCAAAUAGUACGAUUACAGGUGGUGGGACUGGUGCUGAUCAGAAGGGGAAGAAGAAGAAGGGUCUUCCCGCCAAGAAUUUGAUGGCAGAGAGACGCCGCCGGAAGAAGCUCAAUGAUAGGCUUUACCUACUGCGAUCCAUUGUACCGAAUAUUAGCAAAAUGGACAGGGCAUCAAUUCUUGGAGAUGCAAUUUACUACUUGAAGGAACUACUGAAGAGAAUCGAUGAACUCAAUAAAGAACUUGAGUCAACUCCUCCUGGCUCUUCAAUGACAACUACCACAAGCUUUCACCCUUUGACACCCACUCAAGCAACCCUGCCUGGCCGUAUCGAGAAUGAACUUUGCCCAACCUCAUUGCCAAGUCCGAAUGGUCAAGCUGCAAGGGUUGAAGUAAGAGCAAGGGAGGGAAGAACUGUAAACAUCCAUAUGUUUUGUGGGCGAAGACCAGGUCUGUUGCUCUCCACAAUGAGGGCUUUGGAUGACAUGGGGCUGGACAUCCAGCAAGCCGUGAUCAGCUGUUUCAAUGGCUUUGUGAUGGACAUCUUCCGCGCUGAGCAAUGUAGAGAGGGUCAGGAAGUCCUUCCGGAGCAAAUCAGAGCGGUUCUUAUGGAUUCAGCUGGCAUCCAUGGAAUGAUGUAGUUCUUAACCAGCUUCUUGAAAACUGUUGUUUGUUAGAUCUUCAAUGCAAUUUUUAAACAAAUUUUUUUGAAGAGCUGAAGUAUAUUUUGUGGGUCUGCAGCCAAUGUCCUUGA